CCACCACUUUAAAAGCCCUCAUGUCCAUUCACAGACCAAUUAUUGGUUGGUCUUCUUUCUUCUGUCGAAACGAUGUCGAUUCCGGAGCUUGCUUGCACUUACGCUUGUCUGAUCCUCUAUGAUGAUGGCAUAGCCAUUAGUGCAGAGAAGAUUUCACAAUUGGUGAAGGCAGCCAAUGUUACUGUUGAUUCUUACUGGCCUGGCUUGUUUGCAAAGCUAGCUGAAAAGAGAAAUAUUGAAGACCUUAUUAUGAAUGUGGGGUCUGGUGGCGGUGCAGCAGUUGCUGUCGCCGCGCCUGGAGGAAGUGCUGCCGGGGCUGAUGCUGCUCCUCCACCUGAGGAGAAGAAGGAAGAGCCUAAGGAAGAGAGUGACGAAGAUAUGGGAUUCAGCUUGUUCGAUUAGGAGCUUCUUUGAUUAUCUUUGUCCUGUUCUAGUUUAUUACUACUAUGAGAGUGGUUGACUUUUGGAUAUUUUAGUAUUAUGUAUUAGCCCACGGAGUAGACCGGGCUCUAUGCUCCCAGGCUUAUGUUAUUUUGAGGUAUAGAUAAUCAUGGAUGAAGAAGUGCUGUGUUGGUGUGGAUCUAAA